AUCAGGACAUCAUGACGAAGUAGGCUACUGGACCUUAUGAAAAAUGAAAGAUUUACGUAAACAAUGCGGUGUUUGCAGCUCGGCCCCGGUAGAAGCGCUCAGCAGCAUUCACUAAAAAGGGCGGAGCAAGGGAACAGAACUUGAUGCGGUCAUGACGUAGACUUCAUCGAGACCUUUAAUCCUGUUCCGCAGCAGUACAGCCGGUAUCGAGAGGAGGGGGUAUACGGUCGGUCAGGACUGGAUUGCGUAAGCUACAAUAUAAGGCUAACUUUAACAUGAAUAAAUAGGGGCCUAUAUUCAUCGUGUUUAAAAUAAGAAACAAAUAUUAAUUGUAGAAAACGCCGACCGAACAGAGACAAACCCCUCCUCUCUCGUAGACUAUUUAUCUGUCGACGCACCUAUUCUGCAAAUUCUCCUAUGUUGUUCUAGGCGGAGGAAUGGAAAACUGCGUUCAAAUCCAUAUUUGUAGAUAAAUAAAUGGGUGAUUACGUUUUGGUUUAUUACAGACAGCGACCAUUGGACACGGCUCUACUCUCCUCGACGGACGCGCUCUAAGAUCUGCUCCUCCUCUUCUCCGGUUUCCAUCCGCCAGUUGCGCCCCGGCUCGCCCUUGGUCUCGCACAGUAGCGUCGCCGCCUUGUCCCCACUGUUCCUGUCAGCUGCUGCGCAUCAGCAAAACAUGCAGGAUGAGCCUGUGGGGGUGACAACCGAACAACGACCCCCGCCAACAGAGGAAAAGUAGUACAGCAAAAACAACACAAUCAAUAAAACCGGGAUACAGCAACCAAAUGAAACCAACAACCAACUGGAAGCCCUCACUUCCAACUACAACCACCUGAACCAGUAUCCAGAUUUUCCGAUUUUGGUCAAGAUCAUUUUUGCCCGACACAGUCUAUCUUUGACCUUCAGCACGACUGGAAAAUACAUCAGCUAGCUGAGUUUGGAUGCGCUGAGUCGCCCCUACCCCAAGGAAAAUUCAGUCACCUGCCGCUGAGGCAGCCUUUCACCACUCAAGUCUCCACCAAACCCGAGCGUAGCACAGACUCCAGCCCCGGACGAAUCGGCGGUUCGCCAGUGGGGGAGGUUGAAGCCGAUGUGGAGACUGCCGCGUCGCCAUCGCCCAUUUCCGUAAAUCCAAACAAGGUUAAGAUCCAAAUGGACUCCCUCAUCACCCACCAUAUAAAUAACGGCAAUGGCAGUGGCACCGGCAAUAUGUUGGCCGGAAGUCUCGGGGGUGGUUUUCCAAACCUCCAGAACCAAGAGAUGCAGAACCCGAGUGGCGGCUCAGCUUCACCUCCACUCCAUGGAUUCGGAACCCCGUGGUCGGUUCAGACCAGCUCCCCACCACCCGUCUCCAACUCGGCCAACCCUAUCCACCACGCAAACGCGAUUAAUCAGAUGGCUCCUACCGACCCAGACAACAGCUUUUAUCCCGGUAUCCCCUCCUCCAUCAAUCCAGCCUUCUUCCAGAGUUUUUCUCCGGUGUCGGCUAAUCCGUGCCCCGGGAUUAACGUGCAGAGUUUCACCAGUCCGUUCUCGCACCAGAUCAACGCCCCUCAGCAGACGCAGCAGAGCCGCCGGUCCCCAGUCAGCCCCCAGAUGCACCCCCAGCACCAGCAAGGCGUCUUCCUGCAGCAGAGGAACAACUACAACCAUCACCACCAGCCCAUGGUGAAGCAAUCUCCCUGGGGGGGCAGUCACCAGGGGAGUGGUUGGAGCUCUGGUGGUAUGUCCUGGGGUCGGGACCACCGUCGUGGUGGAGGCAUGGGCAUCCCGGGCUCUGUCAGCCAGGUCUCCCCCAUGAAAAAGCCCUUCUCCAGUAACGUCAUCGCACCGCCCAAGUUCCCCCGUUCCGCCGGCCCCAUGGGCCCCAAGGCCUGGAUUGAGGAGAACAUGUUCCGAACAGACAGUAACAGUAACACGCUUAUGCCUCUCCAGGAUCGAUCUAGAAUGUACGACAGUCUAAACAUGCACUCACUGGAAAGCUCUCUGAUUGACAUCAUGCGGGCGGAGCAGGAUCCAAUGAAGGGCCGUGUGGGAUGCCCUCACCCCGGAGCCGACGGCCUGCUCAUGCUCAAUGCAAGGAGCUAUGGGAGACGUCGAGGCCGCUCGUCCCUGUUCCCCAUUGAAGACAGCCUCCUUGACGACGGGCACGGUAACCAGGGCGUCCCAGGGCUUGACACUAACUGUUACCCCCACCCAAACGGGGAGCGCAUUGAGCGUUUCUCCCGCAAAGUGUUUGUGGGCGGCCUUCCCCCUGACAUAGAUGAAGAUGAGAUCACCAACAGUUUCCGUCGCUUUGGCCACCUGGUGGUGGACUGGCCACACAAGGCUGAGAGCAAAUCCUACUUCCCCCCGAAAGGUUACGCCUUCCUGCUGUUCCAGGAGGAGAGCUCAGUGCAGGCUCUGAUCGAGGCCUGCAUGGAGGAGGACGGCAAGCUCUACCUCUGUGUCUCCAGCCCCACCAUCAAAGACAAGCCUGUCCAGAUUCGUCCGUGGAACCUGAGUGACAGUGACUUUGUGAUGGACGGCUCUCAGGCUCUGGAUCCUCGAAAGACCAUCUUCGUAGGAGGCGUUCCCCGCCCUCUCAGAGCGGUGGAGUUGGCCAUGAUUAUGGACCGUCUCUAUGGGGGGGUCUGCUACGCUGGCAUCGACACCGAUCCAGAGCUCAAGUACCCCAAAGGGGCGGGGCGCGUGGCCUUCUCCAAUCAGCAGAGUUACAUCGCUGCUAUCAGCGCCAGAUUCGUCCAGCUGCAACAUGGAGACAUUGACAAGCGGGUGGAGGUGAAGCCCUAUGUUCUGGAUGACCAGCUUUGUGAUGAGUGCCAGGGGGCACGUUGUGGGGGGAAGUUUGCCCCUUUCUUCUGCGCCAACGUGACCUGCCUGCAGUACUACUGUGAGUUCUGCUGGGCUAACAUCCACUCCCGCGCCGGCCGAGAAUUCCACAAGCCGCUGGUCAAAGAAGGGGCUGACCGCCCACGGCAGAUUCACUUCCGCUGGAACUGAGGAGAAACGCGAUCACAUGUCACCAUGGCGACAUGGUCAGAAGCAACAGUCAAGGAUGAGAGACAUCGCCAGGCAGGAAAAAGUGUCAUCGCCCUGCUUCUUACCGUAAGCUAUCAGUAUAGAGUACAUAACAGUAUACAAUAUAUCUAUCUUUUGUAGCAGCCAAACAUUACAAGCCUCAGUUUUUCACCAACCCCCCCCCUUCACAUCUCAGGCUCUGACAACUUUUUUUGUGGUACCUUCAUGUUUUUUAAGAGGAUAUUUAAAAAGAGAUCGAUUUUUGGUAGUUUUUCAAAUUAUUUUUAUAUGUGAGAUAUAAUGUAGAUAUGAGAAUGUCUUUGCAUGGGGGCAGCCUGUCUGUCUGUCUGUUUGUCUGUUUGUCUGCUGCUAGCCACCCCCUAGUGGGUGUAGCGUGCCCUUGUUUCUGGGAAAACCUUGAUUCUAUAAUCUGGAUGCCUGCCCCAGGUCAUUUACCAAAGGUAGCAAAACGAUAGGAAGCGUAAAAGGGAUACACUUCUGCCACAAAACAAACUUUAAUUGUUCAUUGUUGCUAUGUUCUCUUUUUCCUUAUUGGGGAAGAGGUACAAAAAUGAUAGGGUUAUUUUUGCUCUCAUUUUGACCUGAAAAAAUAUAACUACAAAUAUGAAUCUGGUUUGUAUUAACUCUAUUUAACAUUUUUAAUCACAAGCUAUAUUAGAAGCUUUGCUGCUAUACAUAAUAUAUGAAUAGAUGUAUAGGUGUUAUAUAUUAACAGCAUCUGUAAACCGUAAUCUUGAAAAUGAAAUGCAGUCUGCACUCAAACACUCAUGGCCCCCAUUGCCAUGGAAGAAUAGAAUGUGAAAAUUAAAAUGCAUGUUUGUGCAUGCAGGAUAGACUUAACCAACACAUGCAGGAUAGACUUAACCAACACGUGCAGGAUAGACUUAACCAACACGUGCAGGAUAGACUUAACCAACACGUGCAGGAUAGACUUAACCAACACGUGCAGGAUAGACUUAACCAACACGUGCAGGAUAGACUUAACCAACACGUGCAGGAUAGACUUAACCAACACGUGCAGGAUAGACUUAACCAACACGUGCAGGAUAGACUUAACCAACACGUGCAGGAUAGACUUAACCAACACGUGCAGGAUAGACUUAACCAACACGUGCAGGAUAGACUUAACCAACACGUGCAGGAUAGACUUAACCAACACGUGCAGGAUAGACUUAACCAACACGUGCAGGAUAGACUUAACCAACACGUGCAGGAUAGACUUAACCAACACGUGCAGGAUAGACUUAACCAACACGUGCAGGAUAGACUUAACCAACACGUGCAGGAUAGACUUAACCAACACGUGCAGGAUAGACUUAACCAACACAUGCAGGAUAGACUUAACCAGCACAUGCAGGAUAGACUUAACCAGCACGUGCAGGAUAGACUUAACCAACACGUGCAGGAUAGACUUAACCAACACGUGCAGGAUAGACUUAACCAGCACGUGCAGGAUAGACUUAACCAACACGUGCAGGAUAGACUUAACCAACACAUGCAGGAUAGACUUAACCAACACGUGCAGGAUAGACUUAACCAACACAUGCAGGAUAGACUUAACCAACACAUGCAGGAUAGACUUAACCAACACGUGCAGGAUAGACUUAACCAACACAUGCAG